GCCGAACGCUCUCGUGAUGAAUGGCAGGACGCUAGUGCACGUUUUUAUCGCUACUUUCGGUGUGCCAAAGCACGUCUCGAAGUUGCUGAAAAUGAGCUUCGGCACAGGGGAAACUGGACUGAAGACUUGAAAAAGAGCCUAAGCGAAGCUUGUGUGUAUCAUCGUAGGAACUAUCGCUAUCUCAGUAUUGUUGUAAAGCUGGACUUUGCCUGGACAUCGUCUGAGUGCCAACCGGAGGAGGUCAACUCCGGUAAGAUUCUCAAAUUACCUUUGAACGGUACAUUACUGAGUUGCUUUGAAGAUAACGUUCACGAAAUUUUGGAUGGUGCUGCGCACACGCUGGAGGAUUUGAACAAAUUUUCUGUCAGAGAAGGUUGGUAUUACCAAGUCACAGAAGAUUAA